AUGGCAAUCGCCCUUGAUGUUGGCUCUGAGUCGGCGUCAACACAAGCGCGCGCAGCAAGAGUUUCGACGGCAACGGAGGAUAAUUGUGCGACGCACGGAGACGAACAGCGAGCGCUACUCACUCAAGACGCGGGUGCAUCAGCACUCGGAGACCUACCACUCACCACGCCCAAGAAAAUCUCACACAAGCUCAGAGCAUGGCGAAAGCUUGUCGAGGCGGUACAUCCUAGUCGGUGCAAGGUACGCAGAGCGCGAGAAUCCGAUGCGAUCAUGCGCGAAAUGAUGGAGAGCCCAGUUGGCGACAACAAGGAAUGGGAAAAUGGUUAUUCGACGGAAGGCAUGCUUCGAGAAGAGGAAGAGUAUUGCUCUGCAACGGAUACGACUUUAUCUCUAGAGGAUGAGUUGGAAUAUGUGCAGCCGCAGGAAGCAGAUGAAGAGAUUACGGCGCUACUGUCUAUACCAACAUUCUUGGUGACGCAAAAGAAAGAUGAGGCAAGGAUUACAAUUGCAGACGAGGUCGGAGUAUUUCGGUCAGGAGCCAUGUGGAACGGAGAGAGCAGAUAUGGAAAGAAAGAGAAAGAGGUGGUAAGGAUGACAGCUAGGGAUGAGAUUGGAUUGUUUGGGGCUGGAGCUAUGUGGAACGGAAAGAGCAGGCGCGGAAAGAAAGAAGGUUGGCCGCCAACUUGA